UCUAGCUAUCGACGGAUAUAGGUGGAUGAUAUGCUCUCGUGACCUUUUCAGUAUUUUUGGAUGACCUCUGAUUUGAUUGAUGUUUUAUCUUUUAAAUAGGCAGCUCCCUAUAUCGAUUUGAGACGAUAAGUAAUUUAUUUUACAUCCGCCGAAGUAUACCUUAGAUACGGGGUCUGUUUGGACAGACGUGCGUUGUAUAAUGUUAUAAAUAACAUGCGAAGCUUGACGUUGUCGACUUCAACUGAACGCUUAUCAGUGAUAAUGAAAGUGAAUCUGACAUAACAACGGAGAGAGAUUUGAUUAUAAUUCCGGAUUCUUAAUUUAAACGUAUUGAGAAUUUAAAGGGAAAGGAUAAUACUGCAGUUAGUUUCAGGAUAUUGUCCUGGUUUUGUGAUUUAAUUUUGUUCAGAUUCAUUGCAUUUAAGGACUUAUAAUGAAGAAUGGGAACUAUGAAUCCUCGGAUGAGGGGGGAGUAGAGCCUCACUAUCAACAAGGAUCGACUAGAGGUCUCUAUACAUAUGUAUAUGUUAAUGGGGACGAACAUUUUCUACCAAAGAAACUUCUAGUCAAUCCUAAACGAGAUCGAACAUAUAAUGCAUUUUUGGACUACGCUACAAAAGUCUUAAAUCCAAGAUAUGGUGCUGUACGUAACAUUUAUACCCCUGAAGGACGACAUCGUAUUCGAGGAUUCGAAGACAUGACACCUGAUGGCAGAUAUGUGGCCUGUGGCAGAGAGCGAUAUAAGAGACUAGAUAGACCUUAUACACAAAUUGAAGCACCCAGUCCACGUCGGAGAAAUCGUCAUAGUAAUAGAUCAGAUGAAAGGCUUAUACCAGCACACCACAAUAAACAUUUAGAGAAUGUUACCGGCAAAAUAUCCCAAAUUCCAACUCAGGGUAAAGCAAUCGAUAUCGUAGUAAAUGGGCGCUUUACAGAAAGUGCAAUAAAGGUUUGCCUUUUACCACACCAGCAGCAUUCCUUUCACGAGACAGCUAAAGCCAUAGCGGAAAAAGUCGCAGAUAGUUUAAACUACCGGUGUGACGAGAUCUGUGAUUUAGAGGGCCAUGUUGUAACAGAUGUUAACCAAUUAGAAACUGGAGGACUUUACGUAGCCAAAAAUUCCUAUCACACAUUCAAACCGGGUAGAUAUGAACCUCACGGGCGUAAAAAUAUUAUUGUUCCAUUAUCACCUAGAGACAAACAACAAACUAAAUACUUAUGGAAAGAAAGAUCUACUUUUGGCCGACCAUCGGAUUACAGAAGACCUAGAACGCUGCCACCAAUAAACAGUCAAAAGAAACACUCACCAGACCAUUCUGUUAGUUCAUAUCCAGAAACUAGAAAAAGAAAUCAGGUGAAUGGUGUUCCAGUGAAAGCAGCAAAACACACGAAAAGAACUCCAAAACAAGCAGAUUACGAUAAAGAUGAUGGUGGUGUUUUUAAGGCCAAAGGUCAAAGCAGGGACACGAGGGGAGCAAAAGAGGUGCGUGAUAAUGGGGACACGAAAGUAGAUCUUCCAAUUGACCAAGUUCGUGCAGAGGAAGUUAAAGAAGAGGAGAACUUUAACGAUGAAACUGAAGCGAAAGUUCCCAGUGGCGUGGAACUAAGUCGUCAGCCCUCUGAGUCGUCAGAGCAACAGGAUGAAAGGAUAAAGAAAGAGAAACAGGGCAAGGAAAUAAACAACAAGGCACCCACGAAGCAGCCAGAUCACUCACACAGCAGGACGAUUCAAAAUGGUGACAGGUCACAAGCAGAUCAAUCGCACAGCAGGACGAUUCAAAACGGUGAUAGGUCACAGGCUAAAGGGGAUCAGAAUAAACCAGUCGUCAACAAUUCUCAAAACAAAACAGUGCAACAAAAUACCAAACAAAGCACCUACAAGUCAAACAGUAAAGCACCCCCACCUAAUACCACAAAGAAUGAUGUAAAAAAACAGGAACCCCCUAAGGAUAAUAAAAAUUAUAGUAAUCAUGAUUCUGUGCGUUCAUCUACACCAAAAGAUAACAAAGCUCCGUCAAAGUCGCCAACAGACAAAAGGUCUGUUACUCCAGCCAAGUCACCAGUUAACAACAAGGCUGCCUCACCAGCCAAGUCACCGUCACCAACGAAGGACAAGAAGGAUCCAUCACCUCACGAGGAACACCAGGCUGCAACAAAAAUACAGGCCAACUACAGAGGUCACCAGGCCAGGAAAGAGGUCAACGACUUAAAGACGAAGAAGGAAACAGAUGAAAAAAAGAAGAAAGAAGAUGAGCUGAGAGCCAAAGCAGCCAAGGAGGAAAAUCAAGCUGCAACAAAGAUUCAGGCAGGUUUCCGCGGCCAUCAGGCUCGCAAGGAAAUCAACCAGAAAAAACAGGUACGUGAUGUGAAAAAUACAAAAGAAGACGCAGCUGCAAUUAAAAUUCAAUCGAGUUAUCGAGGUCACAAAGCUCGAAAAGAAAUUGCAGAUAAAAAGGUAAAGAGAACAGAGAAGAAUACAGAAGAAGAAGUUGCCGCUACGAAAAUCCAGGCAGGAUUCCGGGGACACAAAGCUCGGCAGGAAAUAAAUCAAAAGAAACAGCAAAGGACAGAAACGAAAAAUGAAGAGGAGAAAGCUGCGACUAAAAUACAAGCAGGAUUCCGUGGAAAUCAAGCGAGGAAGGAAAUAGAUCUAAAGAAGAAAGAAAAAGCUCAAAAUGAGCAAGAAGAAAAAGCUGCAACAAAAAUACAAGCUGGAUUCAGAGGACAUCAAGCAAGAAAAGAAGUGAAAAAGAAAAAGACAAAACGAUUGGACGGGAAAACAGAAGCUAUUACUGCCAUACAGGCUGCAGCUCGGGGUUUCUUAGUUCGUAGACGAAUAGAGAAGCGUGAAAACACUAGACAGUUACUGACUCUCAGAUCUGUUGCUCAAGAGGAAGUCAUGGACAUUUUGGGACUUAUUCAUGAGCGAGACAAAGCGGCCACCACGAUACAAUCCCGAUAUCGUGGUUACAAGGACCGCAAAGAAUAUAAGCGUAUUAAGUCAUCAGUAAUAGCUAACGGAAAACCUAACGGGGUUGCUCAUAUAAAUUCGUGAUCUGUAUAAGGAAGUGAAAUGAGAAGGACAGCGCAAUUUGGGCUUUGGAACAGGACUCCAUUGUUUCACUCAUCACUGUGUGUUGAAGAAGGAGAUGGUACUAAUCCCAGACUAUUAUUAUUCUGUAUAUAGCUAUCAUAUCAUAAUUUAUAAUGUACAUGGGACAAUAAUACAUUUUGUUACUUUGUUGAAACUCUGUCAUGUAUGUGCUCAGUUAGAUAAAAAAAGGCCAGACACAUCUAUGUCUUUCAUUGAAAAAAAUUAAAACGAAAAAAUUUCAACUUUUAUUUAAAUUAAAUUCGAUUUCUUUUUAAAAAAAUACACAAAAAACACACUAAAGUUCAAAUAAUUAUUCAAUACUUAUAAUAACCGAAUUUUUAUCAAAUUUUAAGAAGUUGAAGUAGUAUAUUUUAAUAUGCGACCAGAAAACAGCAUUGUGUAAAAAACCUCCAUAAAUGUAUAUAAGCUGCCUUAAAGAUUCAGUUUUAGAAUCGCCUUAAUCAUUUAGGUAUUCCAUGGCCAUUAGUGUUUUAUUGUAGUUAGGACACAGAGCACUAAACAAUCAUUGUUAUAUUUUUCUGUUAUUUAAUACAUUCCCCUUUUUGACUUCUUCACAUUAGAGGUAAAUUAAUCUGGAUUGAAAUGAUCUAAAUCAAGUAACCAUCCUUGUGGAUUUUAUUUAGAAAUUCAUUUUAUUUUGGCGAUACAACAUUGGUUUUUUAAAAAGCCAAAAUUAAAGUAGCUUAAUUUUUUUAUAUCUAAUUUGCAACUGCAUUGUGGUGUAACCCUCAGUUGUCAUAGAAACAAGAUUUCAAUGAGAUUAUCUACCUUGAUGUGAAUCGGCCAUUGUUUAUAUAUAAAUGUUUUCAUAUUAUAAAUAUUAUAUUUACAUAUAUAUAUAAAAAAAAUAUAUUGAAUACACAUUUCCCCUGUUAUCUGUGAUAUGUAUAUAGAUAUAUAGUUUUUUUUCUCUUUUUUGUUUUUAUUUUCUUUCAUACCCACUUUACCUAUAAGAGUAUACAGAAUGUCCGUCCUGUUUCGUAAUAAACACUAGGUAUAACCUAUAGAAAUUCAAAAGUAGAAAAUAAUAAUUUUAGGGGAUAGUUAACAAGUUAUUUUUAUUAAUUGUGAUAUAGUCUAUAUUUAGAAAUAAUCCGUCCUUAUUUUUUAGUUUUUAUUAUUUUGUUUCUGUGCAAUUUAAAUACGUUGACAUAUUAUUGAUGUUCAAAACCUAACCCAAUAUCAAUUUAUUCUUAAAAUGUGAUAUUUUACAAAUUUUGAAGAUUUUACUUCCUUGUUGAAGGAGCUUGAUUAUGUUAAUUUAUUCAGUAACCAGUAAAGAGAUAUAUUUAAUAUUUAAUCUAUUAAUAGCUUGCUUUGAAGCAUGGACAUUAAUUCCUAAAAUUAGCUCUUGCUUAGAAUGAAGUAACAUUGCUUAACAUUUUAUAGGAAAACAGUUUUGCUCAAAAUGAUUUAAAAGGUACUAAUGCCAUGCACUAUAGGUCUAUAUCAGGAUAUUUUCGAGUGGAUUUUUUUUAUGAAAUAGACUAAAUGGCUUUACUACUUGAAGUAUGUUACGAUUAAAAGAUUGUGAAAUUGUUAUAAGUUCAAUACAAAAUGGGGAUUU